ACCAGCUGCAAGUGCAAGGUGGGGAAGAAACGGAGGAGACAUAUUUGCACUUUAGCCCCUAAAAAAAUCUUGGGGGUGACGGCAAGCCCACCCUCUCCGCAUUGAGAUCCAUUGAGGGGUGAGUCGCCAUGGGCACGGCGACCAUGGCCACGGCGUUGGGCGCGGCCAUGUUGCUCUACUUUGUGCUGAGCCGGCGGCUGGCCCACCAUGAGGACUCCGCCGGCAGCCCGGGCGGGGGCGGAGGGGUGAAGCGGAGGAGGGGACGCGCGGCGCGGCGUCCAGCGCAGCCGCCUGCGACGUGGAUCGAGGCGGUGGGCACGCUAGCCGAGACGCUGCGGUUCACCUACUCGGAGACGCUCGGGAAGUGGCCCAUUGGGGACCUCGCCUUCGGGAUCAAGUACCUCAUGCGCCGCCAGGGCAAUUUACAUGUUGCCAGUGUAUACGCUGGAAGCAAUUGCACUGAACUUAAAGGACAUGAAGUCAUGGAAGAGUUGAUUGUUCUGCGACGAUUAAUUGACUUGUGCUUUCUUUUCUCUAAGAAAUCAUUCCCAGUGUUUCUGGAAUUAGCAGGAUUUUCCCAAGAGGAUGUUCUCAUUGAGGAACCUAAGGCGGGGAUAUUAAAACCUGCUCAUACAAUUCUGCGUGAUGAGUGCACCAAAUCCUUUCUUGUAUUGAUACGAGGCACGCAUAGCAUGAAAGACACACUUACUGCUGCUACUGGUGCUGUAGUACCAUUUCACCACUCUUUAUUAGAUGAAGGUGGUGUCAGUAAGUUAGUCUUAGGGUAUGCACACUGUGGGAUGGUUGCAGCAGCGCGCUGGAUUGCAAGAGGUAUAACACCGUGCCUUCUGCAAGCAGUCAGUCAAUGCCCAGAGUACCAAAUAAAGAUUGUUGGCCAUUCAUUAGGUGGUGGCACUGCCGCAUUACUGACCUACAUCCUGAGAGAACACACAGAAUUCUCUGCAACAACUUGUGUUGCAUUUGCACCAGCUUCAUGCAUGACAUGGGAGUUAGCUGAAUCAGGCAAGCACUUUGUAACUACUAUUGUCAAUGGUGCUGAUCUUGUUCCUACAGUCUCAACUGCAUCUAUUGAUGAUCUUCGUUCUGAGGUAACAGCAUCUUCGUGGUUGAAUGAUUUGAGGGAUCAAAUACAGCAAACACGUUUCCUAAAUGUUGUUUACCGGUCUGCUACUGCUUUAGGAACUCGCCUCCAAUCUUUCUCUGGUGCCAGAGCGAGGGUUGCCGGUGCUGGGGCACUGCUACGUCCUGUUUCAAGCAAAACCUUGGUUGUGAUGAAACAAGCACAGAAUGUUGCGCAGGCUGUUGCUAGAAGUCGGUCCGCACUGUCUUCAUGGUCAUGCAUGGGUGCGCGGCGUCGAGCCGUAGGUGUAGUAGCUGCAACUACUAAUGAUGAAAUGACUGCAGAAACCCAUGUUACAACUACAGUGGAUUCAGAUUCCUUUGUUGUAGAACAGUGCGGUACCAAGGUCGUAGAGGAGCUGCAGUAUACUGCAACUAGUAUUUCAGUGCACGAGGAAACAGAAGAAGAGGCACUUCUGAGUGAGCAUGAAACCUCUAGGGAGCACGCUGAAGAAAUAACUGAUGGCGAGUUGUGGUUUGAGUUUGAGAAAGACAGGGAUCGGCAGGCUGAAGUGGAGGCACAGACCCGGGAGGAAGAGGCAGCUGCUGCAAAGGAGAUAAUGGAAGAGGAAAGUGCUGUCCUAAAAAAUGUAGAGGAUAGACAAUCCUUCUCAUCAGAUAGCUUGGAGGGCCAGCAAUUCUACCCCCCUGGUAGAAUCAUGCACAUGGUUGCCAUGCCUCCUCCAGAUGCUGGUCCAGAUGAUCCUGUUGUCACUGAUGAGUGCACUGUUGGAAUAUAUCAGACGCCGAGAGAUCUUUACAGCAAGAUCCGGCUAUCUAAUACUAUGAUCAAUGACCAUUAUAUGCCAAUGUACAAGAAAAUGAUGGAAAUAUUGAUUGAGAACUUUGCGAACAAUGAGGACAACUUUUGUGCAGAUUCUACAGUAGAAUAGUCUGGGUGACUUAUACCAAGUGUACAUUAGUUUCUCUUCUGUUUAGCCAUCAUUAGCCAUUAUCUUACAUUUCUCAAUAUACAUAUACAACAUUACAAUAGAUAAGAAGUGCUGAUCCAUCCAAAUAGAUUUUAGUUAGGAUUGUGCGAGUGAAUUUGUAAAUGUAAAGAAAACUAGCAUUAGUCAUUUAACAUUCCAGCUGUCUUUUACCUUGUUGGAUUUGUAACUAUAUAUAUGUCAAUGCUGAUUUUUUUUUCUCUCCAAA